ACGUAUUAAAUCUGCAAAUUGUCACUUCUAUCCGGUAACUCUUGAGACACUUGUAUGAGAAAGGUGGCAGUGGGAAUCUCUGUGUUGCUGUUAAAAUGAAGUGGCAGGUCCUUCUGGCCGUCAUUCUCAUUGGUUUUGGUAAUACAUUAUGUCAUUACGUUGACGCUGAUGGUGACAUCGAUAAUGAUUACAAACGGAAUGAUGAAAUUGAUAAAAAUUAUGAAUUCAAAAGCGAAAAAGAUGAUGACUCAAGAGCUAUCAAUGAAAACCUCUUAAAGAAGCCUGUUGGACAACAUAAGGGAGAUCACCUUGAUCAUGAUGACAUAAUGUUCCGAAAAGGAGAAGAAGAAGCUGAAUUUGGAAAGAAAUCUUCCAGUGAUGAAGAACUAUCUAAAGGAUCAGAAGACGCAACGAUUUAUGCUCAUAAGAGGUGGACGUUACCUGUUCCCUAUCAAAUCGAAAGAAGCUUAGGUUCAACGGCUAGAUCUGCAAUUUCAAAGGCCAUAGCCGAGUACAGUUUAAAGACGUGUAUUACCUUCCGUGAAAAACGAUUUGGAGAUACUAGCUACUUAUCAUUGUUUAAGGGAGAAGGAUGUUGGAGUUAUGUUGGUCGAUCAGGUGGAGAACAACGAGUAUCCUUAGGAUCAGGAUGUGAGCACAAAAUGGUUGCCAUUCACGAGAUCAUGCACGCUUUAGGCUUCUGGCAUGAACAAUCUAGAACUGAUCGGGACAAUUACGUUCGCAUUCUUUCACACAACGUCAAAUACGGGUAUAAACAUAAUUUUAACAAGAAAUUGAAAAAAGAUGUCACGACAUUUGGACUACCUUAUGAUUACCGAUCAGUUAUGCAUUAUAGAAAAACUGAAUUUGGAAAAUACAUACAUGGAAAGAAGCAGCAAACCAUUGUAGCAAGAAAUAAUCCAAAUCAAAAACUCGGUCAAUGCUCGUCAUGUGGAAUGUCAGAGACAGACGCUGAUCAAUUAAAUGCUAUGUACUGUUCAUUACCUAUCAAUCGCAGAAUAUUAAGAAGACAAAUGGCUCGUUUAUUGGCAAAUCAUGCAGGACAAUCAAACAAACACUUCAGUUAUACUGUUCUAAAUCUUUUAAAAAAGAUUUACCCCAAGUACAAUUUCUUGGUGAACGCCUAUAACGCUGUAGCUGGCUAUGCCGAACACGCUUAUAUUGGUUAUUGUGUUCACAUCUUUCGUUCGCAUAGGAAAAACUUGGUGGUAUGUUAUUCAAAGAAGACAUUUAGAUUCUCAUCGCGGGCCAGACAAAUUCAAAUUGCUUCAGCUGCUUUGGCAAGCAUAACUAAAAAGAAUUGUAACGCGAAAUGGGCACGCGAUACAGCAUGGAGGAAAGCAAUAUCGUUUGGAUACCCUGUUGCAGCCAUUGAAGUCGUGAGAUUUGGGUAUGCCUUGAGAUCAACCUGGAACGGUCCAGGUUACUUCAAAAAUUUCAAAUGUCACAAAUGUACAGGAUGGUGGUGGGGCAAGCGAUGUACGAACAAUCACUAUUCAAGUUUUGUCAUAUUGUUUGAAUAGGCAUGUUUCGGAGUAUUUGCACAUUUUUUGGUUAAGCAUUAAACACAUUUACACACAUUUUUCUAGGUUCUCUUUUAAUUGUAUUAUUGUAGAAACCAUACAACACGCACGUUUAUGAAAAAAGCUAUCAUUUCUGUGUUUGGAA